AUGGACAUUGUUGUGAUCUAUGUCCUGCAGAGUUUAUUUAUUUUUGCCUGCAAGGAGAAUUCAUGGUUUCAGUCAAAACAAGUCAUCCUGAGACAAGGAGGAAAGCAGCUCCAGAUGGCUGUUAAAAAUAGUCAAAUAAAGAGCAGCUGCACGGAUAAGAAGAAUACAGUUUGUGAGUGUGAGCCAGGUUUCUUCUCCACCCGUGAAAACGUUGAUCACUGCGAUGCCUGGACUAAGUGCCCUGUGGGUGAAGGAGUCAAAAAUAAACCCACUUCUACAAACGACACAGUCUGCGCUCCGUGUGAACAAGGGACCUACAGCAACGUCACAGAUUUCUCCUCACCUUGUCAACCGCAUUUCAGGUGUGAGGCCUACGGACUACAGGUGAAAACUCCAGGAACCAAAACAACAAAUGCCGUCUGUCAAGAAUGCAAAUCUCAGUGUUGCUGGAUCCUGCCUGCAUCCCUGUGGGCCGGACUUGUUCUGACUAUUUUGGUCGUGGCAGCGUUCCUCUUCUGGAGAGCAAAGCGCAGAUCCUAUAGACCGGUCAAACGCAGUGUUCCUGUCAGCAUGGUGACGGUCGUUGGCGAACCGGUCCUCGCUCCACCAGAGCUGCUGUCUCACUGCCAAGAGAGCUGCACAGACUGCAAGACAUCCCCUUUCAACUCAGAUGACGGUUCGAUCAUUCACAGCAUGUCGGACAGCUUGGACAUCAGUACUCCCAUAACUCCGCUGAAGCCCUCCGUCUCUUUCAUUGAACCCGAACAAACCAACGGGAGCUCGAUAUUCCCCAUCAGCAGCACCUUCUGUAGGUCGUACUCGGAGCCCCAGGAGGACGAGUGGUGUGGGACAUAAAAAAAUAUAAUAAAAUACAAGAGUGGGACACUGACGGAGCCACUGCUGGCUCAGCGAUACAUUUCAAGUACUGUUUGUAAACCUUGACAAGAUUUUACUCAGUAGAGUUCAGCGUGGCUGAUAGUUUGCUGCCACCUGCAGGACUUUGGUGGGAACUUCAGUUUGUGCAAAGAAAAAUUCUCCUCAGUGAAAACAGCAGAUUCUGCUUCAGAAGAGGGAUUAAGCUCCACAUAAUUGGAGAAAAAAAAACCCUGAUAAUUACAG